CAGAGGUCAGACAUGUCACACAUCAACACCACUGAGCUGCAGUCGCUCCUGCUCUCAUUCUUGCAGCAGUGCCUCAACAGCACGGGUAUACUGUCUCCACAGAUACCUCAGAACUACACUACCCAGCAGGCUGCCCACCACGUGGCUGGAGUCAGGGCCAACGCUCAGUCUGAGGGCAUGAUGUACAUCCUGUUGGUGGUUGGCAUGUUCAGCUUCUUCACAUUCGGCAUUAUGCUCAGCUACAUUCGCUCCAAGAAGCUGGAGAGCUCUGAUGAUCCGUACCACCAAUACAUUGCCCACGACUGGACCAAGGUGAUGACCCCGUCCAGAGCCGUCGCUCAGGCGCUGCACAGGGUAGAUGCAGGAAACGGAGCCAGCAGCAAGGAGCCCGUCGUCAUCUGCAACCCUGCAACACUGGAGCAGCUGCCAAACUAGAACGAGACAUUCAGCUAUUCAAACAUUUAAA